AUGACAUUCUCUCCUGUUUCUAAGAAGGAUUCUCUAAGAAUUGUUUUGGCUUUGGUAGCUCAGUAUGAUCUUGAGCUUCACCAAAUGGAUGUGAAAACCGCCUUUCUGAAUGGAGAUCUUGAGGAAGAAGUAUAUAUGGACCAACCUGAAGGAUUUGUGGUCGCAGGAAAAGAACAUAUGGUAUGUAAGCUGAGAAAGUCAAUAUAUGGACUUAAACAAGCUUCCAGACAAUGGUAUCUAAAGUUUAAUGAUACCAUCACGUCAUAUGGUUUUGUAGAGGUCAUUGUUGAUCGAUGUAUCUACGUUAAGAUCAGUGGGAGCAAGUUUAUUAUGUUAGUCUUAUAUGUUGAUGAUAUUUUGCUUGCUGCAAAUGACAUGGGGAUGUUACAUGAUACAAAGAAGUAUCUCUCUAAGAACUUUGAAAUGAAAGAUAUGGGUGAGGCAUCCUAUGUGAUCGGAAUAGAAAUAUUUCGAGAUAGAUCACAAGCUCCAAUUCAGAAGGGAGAUAAGUUCAGUAAAAUGCAAUGUCCUAAAAAUGAAUUGGAGCGUAAGGAAAUGGAAAGAAUUCCAUAUGCAUCAGUAGUUGGGAGUUUGAACUAUGUUCAGACAUGUACUCGGCCAGAUAUCACUUUUGCUGUUGGUAUGUUGGGUCGAUAUCAAAGUAAUCCCGGAAUGGAUCACUGGAAAGCUGCAAAGAAGGUUCUCAGGUACUUGCAAGGCACCAAAGAGCACAUGCUUACAUUCAGGAGAUCCAAUCAUCUAGAGAUCAUUGGAUAUUCAGAUUCAGAUUAUGCUGGAUGCGUCGAUAGCAGGAAAUCGACGUUUGGCUAUUUGUUCCAAUUAGCCGGAGGAGCAGUAUCGUGGAAAAGUGGAAAGCAGUCUGUCAUUGCUACUUCUACUAUGGAGGCUGAGUUUGUGGCAUGCUUUGAGGCCACAAUUCAUGCAUUGUGGCUGCGGAACUUUAUCUCAGGGCUUCAAAUUGUCGACAAUAUUGAGAAGCCGCUGAGAAUCUAUUGUGAUAAUUCUGCAGCUGUCUUCUUUUCAAAGAAUGACAAGUACUCGAAGGGUGCCAAGCACAUGGAGAUAAAGUAUUUGUCUGUCAAAGAAGAAGUACAGAAACGUAGAGUGUCCUUUGAGCACAUAGGGACGGAUAUGAUGGUUGCGGAUCCGUUAACUAAAGGACUACCACCCAAGGCGUUCAUUGGCCAUGUAGAACGUAUGGGUAUUAUAGAUAAAGCCUUGCUAUUUUAG